CUGCAAUUUCAUAUCGACGGAUCUCCGAGAGGUAAAUGAGGAGCGAUUCGCGACGAUAAAAAUCCAAGAAUCGUUAUAGAAACCGCUUUUCCGCUUUCCUAAUCGGUCAAGAGCUCCUUUUUUUUAGCUUCUUUUUGCUCUUAGAGGGCUUAAAGUAGCGAUCUGAAGUGAAAAAUCGAAGCAACGGUGAAUAUCGGUGUAGAAAGCACCAUCUGCUUUCGAGAUCGGUUUGAGAUCUGUCUUUUUUGUCCUGUUUCUGCAUUUCUAAUCCUGAAGAAAGCCUCCUUUGCGAUCGAUCAUUGAUUUGGGGUUGUUUUUCAGUCUGUCGGUGGGAAAAGCUCUCGUUUUCUGAUAUUCUUAGAGAUCUGUCUCUGUAUUUUCUGAUUCGGUUGGUCUAUGUUUAGCGGCAGGAAGAAGCUUUUUUCGCUGUCAAAACGAUCAUUUUGAAACAAAAUCCUGCAAAAUUGGUUGAUAUUAGGGAGAGGAACUUCGUCUGUUGGAGCUAUCUGAGUGGUGUCGGCUGUAAAGGUCGAGUUUAAAGGGUUCUUUCAUCGAAGGUUUCUUGAAGUAGUAGCACAGAGCCUUCUUUUUGUAAAAAUUGACUAAAUCAGGCUUAUAGUCCUUUAUAAGAUCUCAAUUUUUUUCUGCUCUUCCGGUAAUGGCGGCUAUUUCUGGUUCGACAUUUCAACUCCUUAACAAUUCAGCGCUUCUUCCUUCCAUUAAUCAUCAAAGAAACCUUUCUCCUUUGAGCGGCAAUGGAAGCAGAGCUAUGUUUUGCUCUGUUUCUAGGCGAUCUGGCGCGGCUUCUUUGGAGAUUAAGUUUUUCGGGGCAAAACUGCGCUGCACAGGUUCUGAGCGAUUGCAUCUAUGGAGAUCGGAUGGUCCAGGACGAUCUCCUAAACUCAGAGUUGUGGUGCGCUCGAUGUCUCUGUCUCAGGUACCGGAGAAGCCACUGGGUCUGUACGAUCCAUCAUUUGACAAGGAUUCUUGUGGAGUUGGCUUUGUUGCGGAAUUGUCUGGUGAAUACAGCAGGAAAACUGUGAUCGAUGCCAUUGAGAUGUUGUUGCGGAUGGCGCACAGAGGUGCUUGCGGCUGUGAAACGAAUACUGGUGAUGGAGCUGGAAUUCUCGUAGCUCUCCCGCACGACUUCUUUGCGAAGGUUACCAAGGAUGUUGGAUUUGAACUACCACCACCGGGUGAGUAUGCUGUCGGGAUGUUCUUCUUGCCAACAUCUGAGGUUCGUCGUGAAGAAAGCAAAACAGUAUUCAGCAAGGUUGCGGAGUCUCUGGGGCAUGUUGUUCUUGGAUGGCGCUCUGUCCCAACUGAUAAUACAGGCUUGGGCAAGUCUGCUCUUCAAACAGAACCUGUCAUCGAACAAGUGUUCCUUACUCCUAGUCCAAGGUCAAGUGCUGAUUUCGAACAACAGAUGUACAUAUUGAGAAGGGUUUCGAUGGUGGCUAUACGAGCUACAUUGAACCUGCAGCAUGGUGGAGUGAAGGACUUCUAUAUAUGUUCUCUCUCUUCAAGGACUAUUGUUUACAAAGGUCAGCUAAAGCCAGAUCAGUUGAGGGAUUACUAUUAUGCAGAUCUUGGACAUGAAAGGUUUACGAGCUACAUGGCCCUGGUUCAUUCUCGAUUCUCAACAAACACUUUCCCUAGCUGGGAUCGUGCUCAACCCAUGCGCAUUUUGGGCCACAAUGGGGAAAUUAAUACUCUUCGAGGAAAUGUGAAUUGGAUGACAGCACGUGAGGGUCUUUUAAAGUGCAAGGAGCUGGGUCUAUCAAAGAAUGAGAUGAAGAAGCUUCUACCCAUUGUAGAUGCCAGCUCGUCUGAUUCAGGGGCUUUUGAUGGUGUCCUGGAACUUCUGGUUCGAGCUGGUAGAAGUCUGCCCGAAGCUAUCAUGAUGUUGAUACCUGAGGCAUGGCAAAAUGAUAAAAACAUGGAUCCUAAUAGGAAGGCUCUAUACGAAUAUUUCUCAGCACUUGUGGAGCCAUGGGAUGGACCUGCUCUUAUAUCAUUUACUGAUGGCCACUAUCUCGGAGCAACAUUGGACCGAAAUGGGCUCCGUCCAGGUCGCUUUUACAUUACACAUAGUGGGCGUGUUAUCAUGGCCAGUGAGGUUGGUGUGGUGGACAUUCCAGCUGAAGAUGUGCAAAGGAAAGGAAGACUCAACCCUGGAAUGAUGUUAUUGGUAGAUUUUGAAAAGCACAUUGUUGUUGAUGACGAGGCCUUGAAGAAGCAGUACUCACUUGCAAGGCCAUAUGGCGAGUGGCUCAAUAGACAGAAGAUAGAGCUCAAAGAUAUUGUCAGUUCUGUUUAUGAAAAUGACAGAGUCCCACCUAUCAUAUCCGGAACAAUGCCUGUGUCUAGCCAUGAUAAUAACAUGGAAAACAUGGGAAUUCAUGGUAUGCUGGCUCCAUUGAAGGCUUUUGGUUACACUGUAGAAGCCUUGGAGAUGCUGUUGCUGCCCAUGGCAAAAGAUGGUACAGAGGCUCUUGGCUCGAUGGGAAAUGACGCUCCCUUGGCUGUGAUGUCCAACAGGGAGAAACUUACAUUUGAGUAUUUCAAGCAGAUGUUUGCUCAGGUCACAAAUCCACCAAUUGAUCCAAUCCGUGAAAAAAUAGUCACCUCCAUGGAGUGCAUGAUUGGUCCAGAAGGGGACCUGACCGAAACAACUGAAGAGCAGUGCCACCGUCUCUCGCUGAAAGGUCCUCUGCUGUCCAUUGGAGAAAUGGAGGCCAUAAAGAAGAUGGACUACAGAGGUUGGCACAGCAAAGUGCUCGAUAUAACUUACUCAAAAGAGCGUGGUAGGAAGGGCUUGGAGGAGACCCUUGAUAGGAUAUGUUCUGAAGCACGUGAUGCUAUUCGCGAGGGUUAUACAACAUUGGUAUUGUCUGACAGAGCUUUCUCGUCUAAGCGUGUUGCAGUAAGCUCCCUCUUGGCAGUUGGUGCUGUCCAUCACCAUUUAGUUUCAAAGCUUGAGCGCACUCGAAUCGGGUUGAUAGUUGAAACUGCUGAACCACGGGAAGUGCAUCAUUUCUGUACUCUUGUUGGAUUUGGUGCUGAUGCCAUAUGCCCAUAUUUGGCCAUAGAAGCCAUUUGGAGACUUCAAAUUGAUGGAAAGAUCCCCCCUAAAUCAGACGGUGAGUUCCAUUCAAGGGAAGAUCUCGUCAAGAAGUACUUCAAAGCCAGUAACUACGGAAUGAUGAAAGUUCUUGCCAAAAUGGGGAUAUCCACCUUGGCCUCUUAUAAAGGUGCUCAGAUCUUUGAAGCUCUGGGUCUCUCAUCCGAGGUGACCCAGCGGUGUUUUAAUGGGACACCUAGUAGAGUAGAGGGUGCAACUUUUGAAAUGCUAGCACGUGAUGCGCUACGCCUACAUGAGCUGGCGUUUCCUACCAGGGCCUUACCUCUAGGAAGUGCAGAGGCUGUGGCUCUACCCAAUCCCGGGGAUUAUCACUGGAGGAAAGGUGGUGAAGUCCAUCUUAAUGAUCCCCUCGCCAUUGCGAAGCUGCAGGAAGCAGCGAAAUCAAACAGUGUUGCUGCUUACAAAGAAUACUCCAGACGAAUUCAGGAGCUGAACAAGACCUGCAAUUUGAGGGGCAUGCUGAAGUUUAAAGAUGUUGAGGCAAAGGUUCCUUUGGAUGAAGUCGAACCUGCUAGCGAGAUUGUGAAGCGUUUCUGUACGGGCGCCAUGAGUUAUGGGUCAAUAUCGUUGGAGGCACAUUCAACCCUGGCUAUUGCAAUGAACAAAAUUGGAGGAAAAUCUAAUACAGGUGAGGGAGGUGAGAACCCAUCUCGCAUGGAGCCUCUUCCAGAUGGUUCAAUGAAUCCCAAGAGGAGUGCAAUUAAGCAGGUUGCAAGUGGACGAUUUGGAGUAUCUAGCUAUUAUCUUACCAAUGCUGAUGAACUUCAGAUAAAAAUGGCUCAGGGGGCCAAGCCUGGUGAAGGAGGCGAACUUCCAGGCCACAAGGUUAUUGAUGACAUUGCAGUCACACGGAAUUCUACUGCUGGUGUGGGACUCAUCAGCCCCCCUCCCCAUCACGACAUCUAUUCCAUUGAAGACCUUGCUCAGCUAAUUCAUGAUCUUAAGAAUUCUAAUCCAGGGGCUAGGAUCAGUGUAAAGCUUGUAUCCGAGGCUGGAGUGGGAGUAAUUGCUAGUGGCGUUGUAAAAGGCCACGCCGACCAUGUCUUGAUCUCAGGUCAUGAUGGGGGAACAGGAGCUUCCCGUUGGACUGGCAUAAAAAAUGCUGGGCUUCCCUGGGAGCUCGGAUUGGCUGAGACUCACCAAACUCUAGUCGCAAAUGAUCUCCGUGGACGAACAGUUCUGCAGACUGAUGGCCAACUAAAAACUGGAAGAGAUGUUGCCAUUGCUGCCCUACUUGGUGCCGAAGAGUUUGGUUUUAGCACUGCCCCUCUGAUAACCCUUGGUUGCAUCAUGAUGCGGAAGUGCCAUAAGAACACCUGCCCGGUGGGCAUUGCUACCCAGGACCCUGUUCUUCGUGAGAAAUUUGCAGGAGAGCCCGAGCAUGUCAUAAACUUCUUCUUUAUGCUGGCUGAAGAAGUGCGAGAAAUUAUGUCUAAGCUGGGGUUCCGAACAAUCAACGAAAUGGUUGGUCGUUCAGAUAUGCUAGAAAUGGAUGAAGAAGUGAUCAAGAAUAAUGAGAAACUGGAAAACAUCGAUCUAACACUGCUGCUUAGGCCCGCCGCUGAUAUUCGGCCGGAAGCUGCUCAAUAUUGCAUCCAGAAACAGGAUCAUGGUUUGGACAUGGCUUUAGACCAGAAACUGAUAUCGUUAUCUGAAUCUGCCCUAGAAAAGGGCCUUCCAGUGUACAUUGAGAUGCCCAUUAGAAAUGUAAACCGUGCCGUUGGGACCAUGCUCAGCCAUGAGGUCACAAAGCGCUAUCACAUGAAGGGGCUUCCGACAGAUUGCAUCCAUGUUAGGCUUUCUGGAAGUGCCGGUCAGAGUCUCGGGGCAUUCCUCUGUGCUGGAAUAACUCUGGAGCUUGAGGGUGACAGCAAUGACUAUGUUGGUAAAGGAUUAUCUGGGGGAAAGAUUGUAGUUUAUCCUCCAAGAAAAAGCCAAUUUGAUCCAAAGGAAAACAUUGUCAUUGGAAAUGUUGCUCUCUAUGGAGCUACAAGUGGGGAGGCAUACUUCAAUGGGAUGGCAGCUGAAAGAUUUUGUGUCCGUAAUUCUGGUGCUAGAGCAGUUGUUGAAGGUGUUGGUGAUCAUGGGUGCGAGUACAUGACCGGUGGUACUGUUGUUGUUCUUGGGAGAACCGGGAGGAAUUUUGCGGCUGGCAUGAGUGGUGGAAUUGCCUAUGUUCUUGAUGUGGAAGGGAAAUUCCGUUCUCGCUGCAAUCUCGAGCUGGUGGAUCUUGAUAGGGUUGAAGACGAAGAUGAUAUUACAACUCUGAGGAUGAUGAUACAGCAACAUCAGCGGCACACUAACAGCAACUUAGCUAGAGAAGUACUUGCGAAUUUUGAGGACCUUCUCCCCAAGUUUGUGAAAGUUUUUCCAAGGGAUUAUAAACGAGUUCUUCAGAAUCUGAAGGUAGAGCAAGCUGUUUUGGAAGCUGAGGCGCAAGACGAGGCAGAGUUGAUGGAGAAGGAUGCAUUUGAAGAGCUUAAGAAGUUGGCAGCUGCGUCUAUGAAUGGCAAGGAGGACAUGAAGGUGGAAGAGACACAGCCCUUGAAAAGGCCGACGCGAGUUCCAGAUGCUGUCAAGCAUCGAGGCUUCCUUGCUUAUGAACGGGAAAGUAUUUCAUACAGGGACCCUGAUGUCCGGAUGAAUGACUGGGAAGAGGUUGCAGUGGAGUCCAAGCCAGGCCAACUGUUGAAGACCCAGUCGGCCCGUUGCAUGGAUUGUGGAACUCCCUUCUGCCACCAGGAAAACUCUGGGUGUCCUCUUGGGAAUAAGAUACCAGAAUUCAAUGAACUGGUAUACCAGAAUAGGUGGCGUGAAGCAUUGGAUCGGCUUCUGGAAACGAACAACUUCCCAGAAUUUACAGGCCGAGUAUGUCCUGCUCCGUGCGAAGGCUCCUGUGUUCUUGGCAUAAUUGAGAACCCUGUCUCUAUUAAAAGCAUAGAGUGUUCCAUCAUAGACAAGGCCUUUGAGGAAGGGUGGAUGGUGCCUCGACCUCCCCUCAAGAGAACUGGCAAAAGAGUUGCCAUAGUAGGCAGUGGACCAGCUGGAUUGGCUGCUGCUGACCAGCUGAAUAAAAUGGGGCAUUUAGUCACAGUAUUUGAGCGUGCUGACCGGAUCGGCGGCCUGAUGAUGUAUGGUGUCCCCAACAUGAAGGCAGGCAAGGUUGAUGUUGUUCAGCGCCGUGUCGACCUUAUGGCAAAAGAAGGUGUUAAUUUUGUGGUGAACGCUAACGUGGGGACAGAUCCCACGUUCUCUGUAGAAUGGCUCCGUGCUGAGAAUGAUGCAAUUAUAUUGGCCUGCGGAUCAACAAAACCAAGGGAUCUUCCUGUUCCUGGUCGGGAGUUCUCGGGGAUCCAUUUCGCCAUGGAAUUUCUUCAUGCAAAUACCAAGAGCUUGCUGGACAGCAAUCUCCAGGACGGGAAAUACAUAUCUGCAAAGGGGAAGAAGGUGGUUGUCAUAGGAGGCGGAGACACAGGAACCGAUUGCAUAGGGACAUCGAUCCGGCAUGGAUGCACAGAAAUCGUAAAUCUAGAGCUUCUUCCUAUGCCUCCUCAAACAAGGGCUCCAGGCAACCCAUGGCCACAGUGGCCUCGUAUAUUCCGUGUGGACUACGGCCACCAAGAAGCGGCAGCCAAGUUUGGAAAGGACCCAAGAUUCUAUGAGGUGUUGACCAAACGAUUUUUGGGAGAUGAAAAUGGGGCCCUCAAAGGACUUGAGGUGGUGCGUGUGCACUGGGCAAAGGAUGCCAGUGGCAAGUUUCAGUUUCAGGAAGUUGAAGGCUCAGAGGAGAUUAUCGAGGCUGAUCUGGUGCUCUUAGCAAUGGGUUUCCUCGGUCCUGAGCCGACUGUUGCGGAUAAGUUGGGUUUGGAAAGGGACAACCGCUCAAAUUUCAAAGCUGAGUAUGGCCGUUUCUCUACCAGUGUUGAUGGUGUCUUUGCUGCUGGAGACUGCCGGCGUGGACAGUCGCUGGUUGUUUGGGCCAUCUCGGAGGGCCGGCAAGCAGCUUCUCAAGUAGACAAGUAUUUGAUGGAAGACCAUCUCAACAAUGCUGCCGCACAUCAAGCUGUUGAGAACAAGCACACUGUCAUGACAUAGCUAGGAAAAGGAAAACAUGAUUAUUUGGUGGGUGCACAUGGAUAGAAAGAUGGAAAUGCUGAUUUAUAGAAAGGGACUGGCUGCAGAUCAUCUUAUCCUCACCAGACAACUGGUGCUAGGUGAGACAAUUGGAGGCAUUGUGCAAUUUGUUGAUUACAGUGUGAUGGCCAAUGAGCUGACAGUGGGUUUAAUGGUGGAUUGUAGCUGAGUUGUGGGCCAGUGUCUUAUAUGUAUUGUUUCCAGAAGGGCGGUGGCUUUUCUGACAAGGUUUUAAUGGUAUCUGGUCAUUUGUUUUUCUUUUUUCUUUUUUCUAUUUAUUUUCUACCCUUUUUUUGUAGAAAAGAUGGUUUGGAUUGAGGAAUGAAUGUACAGGUCCAUUUGCUUUGAAUUAAUACGAGCAGUUUGUGUUGGAUGGUGAUAGAUAUACAUAGAUAAUCAUUUCAUCUUA